ACUGGAGUCCCCUAUCCAGCUCCAAUAGAGCAAGUAGGGCUGCUCUUGUGCAACCAACACCGCCGCCUCCUCCUCCAUUGAUUCACAGACUUCACAUUCCCCCCACAAAGCAGAGCCACCAGCUUCCACAGUGAUCACAUUAAUAACAACAAUAGUGUGUGAUCGCAGGAGGAGAGAGAGAGAGAGAGAGAGAGAGAGAGACCCGGCCGCCGCUGCUCGUCCUCCGCGGGAUACUUGGAUACAACAGGAUCCAUCCCUGCUGCCUUUUUUUACCCAUCCACGCCUGAUCCACACCUGUGUUUCUCCACUUUGACAUCGCCAGCUGAGUUUUUCUUUUUGUUUUUUCCGUGCGUGUAACUUCUUGGAUACCUGCGCGUUGUCCUUCAUCAAUGUCGGACUGAAUAUAACUGCUAUGACAGGGAAACUAGCGGAGAAGCUCCCUCUUACCAUGAGCAGUUUAAUAAACACGAUCCCUGACAGUCUCUACCCAGAAGAGGACAUCCCGACGUCAAUGAAUAUUUUCACCAGUACGGAAUCUAUUAACCACUAUUCCCAGAUGAACGCGGAUAAUAUCAUGGAUCUGGGCAUGGGAAGCGAGAAAUCAUCGGCAGAGAUUCAGUAUGGAUCCAGCUUCCAGUCCAACCGCAGCGGGCAGACUGUCACCUAUCUGGGGAAGUUUGCCUUUGACACUCCUCCGUCAGGUGGCAUCGGUGGCUCCGGCUGGUGCUCUGACAACAAUAUCAUAAGUCUCGUCAGUGCAGGGAUCCUGGGGGUUUCUCCCUCACCCGGCACGGUAACGACGCAGACAUCAUCCUCCGCAGCCAGCAUGGGCGGACAGACGUCAGACAUGGAGCAGGUAUAUGGUCCACCGCUGCCUGCCUAUUCUACCUGCGGUGACCUGUACCAGGAUCAGGUCUCCUUUCACCACAGCCCUGCCACGAGCACGGCUCUAGCCUACCCUGGCAAUGACUAUCACUCCACAUCCAAAGCCUCCAUGGACGGCAGCCUUUUCUCCAUGAUCCCUGACUACAACCUUUUCCAUCAUCAGGGGGAUGUUGGGGUGAUGGAGCACAAGCCCUUCCAGAGCAUGGACCCCAUCCGAGUCAACCCUCCCCCCAUCACACCCCUGGAGACCAUCAGAGCAUUCAAAGACAAGCAACAAAUUCACCCAGGUUUCAUCGGUGGGCAGCAGCACCCUCCCCAGCACCACCCACCGCCACAGACUCUCACCCUCAAACCCAUCCGGCCACGGAAGUACCCCAACCGUCCCAGCAAAACCCCUGUCCACGAACGGCCGCACGCCUGUCCGGCAGAGAACUGUGACAGACGCUUCUCGCGCUCAGACGAGCUCACACGUCACCUUCGCAUCCACACAGGUCACAAACCCUUCCAGUGCAGAAUAUGCAUGCGCUCCUUCAGCCGGAGUGACCACCUGACCACGCACAUCCGCACGCACACAGGCGAGAAACCCUUCUCCUGCGAGUUCUGUGGACGCAAGUUUGCCAGGAGUGACGAGCGAAAGAGGCACAGCAAGGUUCACCUGAAACAGAAGGACAAGAAGCCGACCGACAAGAGCAGUGGGGCGCCUGGGAGCCACAGCUCGCCGCCCAGCUCCUGUGGGGGGCCGACAGUGGGAACGUCAUGACCGUCACUACGUGCACUUGGACUGAGCCCUCACCAUGCCCCAUAAAGAGACUUAUGAAGAAGGGAUCACGUCCACUAUGAGAUAAAUAGGUGACUUUUUUCCCUCUCUUUUACAUCCCGUGCUCCUUUCAGUUGUAGUCCUUCUAUUUUGAGAUGGAUGCCUUUAGUUUAAUUAGAGCGGAGAAAGGCUGCUACGCCAUUCUCUUUCAAGCAACUCAGAGCCUCAGCUACUGUAACACAGUGCCACCACAAAGAAGGGCACCUUGGCACACACUGCCCAAAAGGCCACUGUGUGUGUUAGGUUUCAGGGGUGGAUACACUUUUGUAAAUUUUGCCGAGAAUUUCUAAAUUGGGAGGAAGCCAGAAUCCAUCACAAGGGUCGAACAGACAAAAUAAUAAAUGGAGCUCAGUGGGAGGUAUGCAUUAAUGAUAUUAGGCUGUUUAAAAGUGCAAUUGGUUAUAUUUGUGUACUGUCAUUGAUACCUUAUUAGUGGCACUUGACUGUCUUUCUGAUGUUUUUGUUGAGGUGUAGUGUUUUUAAUUUUCUAUUUGAAUGUUGUUUUCUCAACAGAAUCUGCCAAAUGUAUUGUGUUGAUUCAGCCAACUUGGUUCUUAAUAUUGUGCCUGAUGUUUGCCAAACAUAAAAGUGAUAUCAGCUUAGCACACAUGUUGAGUUCAAGGUGAGAUCAGGCUCAGACAGCGGAUCUCCGAUUUCGAUUUAGAGUUGGAUUUGAAGAAUUUGGUUCGAUCUAGAUGACUGAAUGGGUCGCACGAAAACAAACCAAUGUCUUGUCCUGUUACCUGUACUUAUAAAAACAAACAUGCCUGCAGCAAUCAAUGCCUUUGCCAAGACUUAUUUAUUUGUAGUCACAGAGAGACACUGUGUAUUUGUGUUGCCUUAUUAUAUGAUGGCUUUAUGUGGUGUUACCAGAUAUAAUUUCUGUUGCUUUUCUUUAAAGCUCACCAAUAACGUUCAUUUGUUCAGUUUUCUUGAGUUCUGCAGUUGUAUGCAAUAUAUUCAUGACGUGUGCCACCAACCCGUAAAUCAAAUUAACUAAGAGCACAGUUCGACAGACUGAACUACUUAAAUAAACGACACCGGUUUGCAAAUCAGCAGAAUAUGAGAGCAAAGAUGAAUAAGGGAAAAAAGAUGAAUGAGGCCCUUUGUCUGUGCUUUCUAGUGUAAAAAGAUUUAACUACUUGUUUAAAUGACCAAAAGAUGAGCAACAUAUGGUGAGAGAAAAAUUUAAAUUUCCAAAUCCAUGUUUACAUAUUUUCUAAUACAGAGACUGAGACUGAGUUGUAAACUAUGAGGACUUGUUUUUGUACAGUAUACAAAUAUGUAUGCAGGUAGCUAUAGUAGAAGUUUCACUUUUGUACUCAAAUGUCAAAUGCACCAUAACUCAGUAUUAAAUUGUGCAUAUUUGUGCAUGACUCCAUGCACACUAUGUAAAUACAAAUGUCUGCAUAAACAAGAAUUUUCAAUUGACUGAAUGCUUGUGCGGAAUGUGUCUCAAAGCUUUUAGUAAUGUAGUUAUAAUACAGAAUAUUUUGUUGUUAUAGGAAAAAAAAAUUGGAGCACUACAAUUGUGCCAAAUAUGGUGUGUUAUCUCCAUUAAAAAAAAGAACAAUAGCAGUUGCACCAUCUGUAACGCUUUAACGUGGUAAAAGGAAGCACUAAUGUGUUCUCUGAAUAAAUGAGAAGAUUUUUUUUAUUACAUUUUGUGUACCUCCAUUAUAGUUUCAAUCAAUUAUUUCAAUUAAAACAUCUUCCCCCUUUUAUAGAAAACACUGGUUGUUCUCAAAUAGAUUGUUACAGAAGAAAUGAAUGAAUCCCUUCUCAAACUAAAUAUACGACAGGGCAAUGCCAGAAUUUUUUACAUUUGACUCCUUACUGAUAUUUGUACUGAUGAAGGGAAUACCUCAAUUCAAUGAUGAUGAAUUUUGUAAAGACUCAUCUUUACCAUUCUCUCAGAUCUCAUGUUUUAUAUUGAUAUUGACAACAAUAACCACAUUUGAUAAAAUAGCUCUUCCUCAAAAAUGUUGCUUUGCUUUACCUCUAGAAAUAGGAAGGUUCCAUAUUAUGGCUUUGAGGAGCAAAUGCAAAAAGGUAUAACUCAGAUGGCAGCGAAUACUCUUUUGGUCAAAAAGGCUAUAAAUAUCAAGAUAUGUACUUCACUCGAAGCCAGCACAAGGCACAGAUGGCAAAAAUACUGGUUCUGACAACACCAUAAAUUCUCAUGUCCUGGUAAUGAAAUAAAUAUUUUAAUAGAAAAAAAUAUUUCUCAAAUACAAGAUAAACUUUUUCUAAAAAAAGAAACCUUGUUCUCUCCCUCUAGUAUUUCCAGUUGUUGGCAGUGCUCUCUGACUAUUAAGAAGUGUAUGGUGCAUGUGAGGCAAAGAAUUUAUAUAAAUAUUAUUAUCAACUGGGAAAGAGAAAUAAUAUUGUACCAGUCAGCAGACACAGCAAUCAGGCUUAAAGAAAAUAUCGACAGACAAAUGCAAAGGCCAAAGGAAAGGUUCAGGAAAGCAGUGCCACGGAGAACGCAGUGCACACAGAAACGAGCUUCCAAGGCCACGCUUUCCCUUUCCUGUAACAACCAGUUUUCACUGCUGAGCUUCCUGGCAAGUGUCCACUUAUUUUCCAAUUAAUUUGGCCUCAGAGAGUCUUUUCUCAACUCAUCUACAUGGUUAAAUGAACAGACCUCCUAGCAUUUUUAGAGAUAGUUUAAAAGUUCACACACCCUGCAACAACCAACAGUAAAUCAAUAGUUUUGUAUCCUGAAAAAUAUGUUCUUUUACUCAAUAGAUGGUCAUCGGCUAAUGAAACUUUUCUGAGCAGAUGCAACUGAAAUUACAGCUUAACAAACUCUUGCUAUGUUUUUACACAUUAAAUCACACAGCAUUCCUUCUUUCAGAUUACAGCUCGAUCAUAACUAAUAUUUAAACAUUGCAUUGGGAUUUGCCAGAUUAAAUGGCCUCUAACGUGACUAUCCCGUGGCAGACAGCUUCAUGGAGUCGGCUCAAACAAAUAUAUGUAGUCGAUGACGUGAUGAGAAAAACAAAAUGUUUAAAUUUAAUGUUUACCAAGAAUAAUUUGACGUUAGACACUGAUUGUUAUAUUCUCUGGAUAAUUUUGACCAAAAAUUAUGAUCUUGUGUGCUCCAGAUUUGACACUUAGCUGGUGAGUGUGGAUCUCUUUUUAAUUACAGUAUAAAGAAUGUGGCCUCCCCUUUGAGAAAACGGUGUUUUUGUUGCUUUGUGUUAAGGACCGAUGCAGAGAGAGGCGGAGACUCCACCAAACCAUUUCCACGUCUAAAUGAAGCCCUGUAAUUACGAUUUAGCAAACUCAAUAUUUCAUCUGUCAUCUCAUCUGACUGUCUGUCACUUUUGUUCCGUGACAUUUCUGUACUGGUGGGAUAGAUUUAGUAAAACGACCCAAUUCCUCCCCCCAUCCCGCUGCGUCAAUAUAGUUUGGUGGUUGAACAACAAUACAGGCUGUAUCAUGUUCUUCUGAAUCCUUCUGUGUAAAGUGUGAAUGCUAUAGAUAAAUGUCGGUGACUUGUUGAUUUGAGCAACACCCCCCUCCUCCUGAUAACGCUUCUCAAAGAGAGGCAUUAUUUUAUGUAUUUUUAAUGUUCUAUUGUCCAAAAGUAGGCAGCUGAACGCUCUGAAAUUGGAAUUUGCCUCAUCCUCGUUCUCUCCUGCGUGUUGGAUGAGAGCCAGCAUCAGCAGCCAUCUUUGUGCCAAAGUGGGUUGCAGGGUUAGCUGAUCAAAAACAAUGCAUGAUGAGAGCUGCACAGGAGCAACAAAUCGUACAUGUGACCUCAGCCUGCUCGCAGUGGAAGGCAGCCUUGUGCUAAUGUUUGUGUUUAACUGUUUGAUUUAGCGUCCUUGGUGUUGGCCUUGGGCAGGGCAAUAGGCUUGGGCUCAUUCAUGACCAUUUAAUAAUUAGAGGAUUUAAAACAAUAAUAAAAAAUAAAAAAAUACACAAUUCAUGCUUGAAGAGAUUUCAAUAAUGUGUAGAUAUUACAGACUACUCAUGUCAUUUUAUGGACUACAGUGUGGCUUCAGGGAUUGUGUGGUCUUCUACAGUGACACUGGUAUUCGGAUGGAGUCAAUACUCACUGUUUUCUGUUGUGUUGUGUUUCCUUUUCAUUACAGUAUAUCCUCAUGUUUGCAUGUGCACGGAAAACGUUUCCCAAGUGCUGCCCCCUCCAGAUGCUGCGGGGUGGUGGUGCUCAUUUCUUUAUUAUGCAUGAAAAAUAAAAGUCACAUCGGGUGAAAUGGGAUAACAACUACUCAAGACAGUCAAUUGGAAACACACACUGGGAUAACUGUUCUAUUGGCUUUUUCUUUUCUUUUUCUUUUUCUGUUCUUAAAGAAAACAAGAGGUCUUGUUUCAAAUGUUGUGGAUGUCUUUAACCUAUUUCAUGUUUUUAUUACCUUAUAAUAAGGUCCUUUUAUGAUGAGCUGAAUAUUGAAAUGAAUUUUACUAUAUCCUUGUGAUGGGGAGGAUGUGCUCCCCUGUUUACUUGGCACUUCGGUUUGUUGUAAUGCAAUUGUUUUGUUAUUUCUAUGUAAGUACUUGAAUAAAGAAAAAUAUCACUUGC